AUGCAGAUCUUUGUGAAAACCCUCACGGGUAAGACCAUCACCCUAGAGGUGGAGGCCUCCGACACUAUCGAAAAUGUGAAGGCCAAAAUCCAGGAUAAGGAGGGAAUCCCACCUGACCAACAGCGUUUGAUUUUCGCUGGUAAACAGCUCGAAGAUGGUCGUACCCUUUCCGACUAUAACAUCCAGAAGGAAUCUACACUGCACUUGGUGUUGAGACUACGUGGAGGUACCAUUGAGCCAUCUCUCAGGAUUUUGGCUAUGAAGUACAAUUGCGACAAAAUGAUUUGCCGCAAGUGUUACGCUAGACUCCACCCUCGUGCCACUAACUGCCGUAAGAAGAAGUGUGGUCACACUAACAACCUCCGCCCAAAGAAGAAGAUCAAGGAUUAA